AUGAUUACACUGCUCGACCGCAACACGAGCCGCGCCUCGUCCAGCGCGCCCGAUGUACAACGACAGAAUUCACUGCGUACCAAACUUCAAGGCUUCCCAUGGCGCGUAUUCCUCAUCACUGCUCUACUCCCCCUCUCCCUCGGUCCAAUAAUAAUCCUGUCUGCCAUCGCCGAAAUGGCGUCCCAAAACUACAUCCGCGGACGCGCGUGCUACCCCAACGGGCUCUGGAAAGAAGCUGCGGGCGCAACCUGGCGCAUCAUGGACAGCACCUACUUCUUCACGCCGAACCUCAGCUUCGGCAACAUGACCUUCACACACGUCAAGGUCAUCGACGUCGCAUGGGAUCUGCUUGUUGGACGGGGCGGCCAGAUGGGUCUUGCGUGGGUCAACUGGGUUGUGUUCAACGAGUGGCUUGUGUUCCAUCUCGAGCGGUGGGGCACGAGUUACAAGAUGUACUCGACGGUGGCGUUGCAGACGACGAGCUGGACGAUGAUGGGGGUUAUGGCGAAGGAGUUCCUGUGCUUUGGCGAGAGGAGCUGGGCAAGGUUCUUCAGGUGGCUGGCUAUGGCGAGUAUGCUUAUCUCAACGCUGUACGUGCUGGCGUUUCCGACGCUUAUGGCGGCCAUGACGGGCUACAUCACGACGUAUGAGCCGUAUGUGGAGGACUACAACCGCGACCUGAAGGAGUGGAGCAAGGUCGAUGAGAUUGUGAGGACUGUUCAAGAUGGUGUCGUUGCCAAGUACGCCACCGAAAACAACACCUACACCUACACCAACAGCGGCACGCAGCCCAUUGAACUAGUCGGAGACGACGGGUCGGGCAUAAGGGCGAAGAUCGUCACGAUUAGCAGCGGGGCCAACUGGGAAUUUGAGAACGCGAUCUGGACAACCAACGACACCGUGGUCAUCGAAGUGCCUCUGUCCACAGGCAGGCCGCUCAGUGACAUCAACGCACCCCAUGAGCAGAAUUACAGCAUAGGUGGUCGAUACGGAGACUUGUACAACUCGUCCUGGAUCCGCUCACACAGCUCCUGCAAACCCUCUGAAACCUACCAAUGGGGCUUCUCCUACAUCUUCCUGUUCAUGGUCUCCAUCUUCAACUUCCUCUGGUCCUUCAUCAUGAUUGCCAUGUGGCUCGACACUCGCCGCGGCUCGCGCAUGUACAGAAGCGGUCGUCGGCCAGGCUUCUUGAGAAGCGUACUAGACCUUGCCGCCGCGGUGCGAGAGGAGCUGGGGCCUGAAGCUGAGGUGCUGGAGGAGGAUGAGAUGAGGAGGAGACUGACGGCGAGUGGGGGGACGGUGUGUGUGCCGAGAGGCGAGUUGAGGGUUAAGAGGGUGGGGACUGAAGAUGCAGAUGGGCUGAGGAAGAGGGAGAGGACGUGGACCAGGCAGUUGACGAGGGGUAGUACGUUCUGA